CGAAGAAGAAGUUAGACUGGUCAUGGCGUCUGAGGCUGCUGUUUUGAACUGGGCCGUCCAAUUUAAAAACACCAUGUAGAACUGAACUAAAGACCAACUCGGAAUCAACGUCACACUGCUAUUUUCUAGGCUUCCCUGGUAAUCGUGCUGUGGGCUUCUCUCCACCAGGCUCAAUCCAGCCCACAAAGAAGGGAUGGACGCGUCCAAAAGUCCGGCCAAGUCCUUUAAACAGUCUCAACCAAGAGGAGUGAAAGCAGAGAGCCCAAAAUCUUUAAACCGCUGCAGAGAACUUCCUGUAAAAGAUGAGCAUAACAUAGGCCAGCAGGGAAAUCGGGGACCAAAAACAUCCACUGAAACGCCGGACAAGAAGAGAGGCCGACCCACUAGGGUGACUCGACUGACAGGAAGAGCCAGUUCGGGAGAGCGGGGCAAAGGGAAAGUGGCGGGUCCACAGCAGCAGGCAACAGAAUCCCUGUCGUCCCUCUCUCCUGACAGCAGCCCCUCUACAACCACAGAGACCAGCUCUCCUGUGGUGCCCAGUACACCUGAGAAAGGCCUCGCGCAGCAGAACAAGGGCUCCAUUGUCACCCCGGCAAAGUGUCAAGGGCUGAAACCUGCAGCAGCGAUGCAUCAGUCCAUAGAUGGGGCACGUCCCACUGCGGACGAAGGGCCGCUGACCGAGCAGCAGUUGGGCCUCCGACAGGCUGAGGAGCGACUUUACAGAGAUUAUAUCCACCGACUGGUGAAACAGUCUCCCGAGUAUCCCAACUUCCAGUACUUAUGCAAGCUGUGUUCGGUGCACAUUGAGAACAUCCAGGGAGCCCACAAACACAUCAAAGAGAAGCGGCACAAGAAGAACAUCAUGGAAAAGCAGGAGGUGAACGAGCUGCGCUCUCUGCCGCCCCCCUCUGCUGCCCAGCUGAAGGCUGUCGACACUGCCGUCCUGGAAACCGCGAGGCAGCACGGCGUCUCAGAGGAAGACGUCUUGGUGCGGACGACUGUGGUCAGCAGGAUGGAGGAGAUCAUCAAGAAACACCUGCCAGCUUGUAGUCUUCGUCUCUAUGGUUCAUGUCUCACACGAUUUGCCUUCAAGACCAGCGAUAUCAACAUCGAUGUCACCUACCCCUCCUCAAUGACCCAACCAGAGGUCCUCAUUCAAGUACUUGAAAUCCUCAAGAACUGCGCUGAGUUUUCCGAGGUUGAGUCGGACUUCCAUGCCAAAGUUCCUGCCGUUUUCUGUCAUGAUGUCAAGAGUGGGCUGUUGUGCAAAGUGAGUGCAGGGAACGAUGUUGCUUGCCUCACCACCAAUCACCUGGCAACCCUGGCUAAACUGGAGCCUCGGUUAGUCCCGCUGGUUAUGGCCUUCCGCCACUGGGCAAGGCUGUGCCAUAUUGAUUGCCAAGCAGAAGGUGGCAUCCCCUCGUACUCCUUCGCCCUCAUGGUCAUCUUCUUCCUGCAGCAGCGGAAAGAGCCCAUCCUGCCUGUCUACCUUGGCCACUGGAUCGAAGGCUUUCAUUUGAAGCAUGUGGACGAGUAUCAUCUCACUGGAAUCUCGCGGGACAUGUUCGUCCGAUGGGAGCACAGGCCUCCGGCCUCCACAGAGGAACGAGGAGGGGAGAAUAGAAAUGACCCACGGGGAGAUGGCAGAGCUAAACAGGAGCACAGGAGAACAGAGGACACAGAGUCUGUGGUGGGCCUGUCUCGGCUGACGUUGAACAUGGGCAAAGGCGUGUCACUGGGACAAUUGUGGUUGGAGCUGCUGCGCUUUUACACACUGGAGUUUGCUCUGGAAGAAUACAUCAUCAGCAUCCGAGUGAAGGAGCUGCUCUCCCGAGAAAUGAAGAACUGGCCUCGUCGCAGGCUCGCUAUUGAAGAUCCUUUUGCCUUGAAGAGGAAUGUUGCACGAAGCUUGAACAGCCAAAUGGUGUUCGAGUACAUCCAGGAAAGAUUCCGUGCUGCGUACAAGUACUUCGCCUGUCCACAGAGAAGAGGACAAAGCCCGAAAACUGGAAAACCAAAGGAGGGAAGUGGGAGGAAAGAGUCCCUGUGUGUGAGGAAAGACGGCAACAGUCGGAAUGUUGCAAAGAGCGCCCAGAAGGGGCAGCGUGUCGUGAUGGACGACGGGGCAUCAGAGAGCGACGAUGAAGACAGUUUAGAUGGUAAGAAGACCCUGGAGGCUGGACUCAAGGACCUGGCCCUCGGUGAAGAGGUGCACUCCAGAGACAAGCCAGGGACGCCUUCUUUCUCUCCCAAUGGGCUGCUGGACAGCGACAAAGAGGACCAGAAAGAGGCUAGUGUUGUGUCUGGAAGACCAGAGGAGCUGCACUAUGUGUUCGACAAGAUGAGCUUCACGGGCGGGAAGCCUCCGACCGUCGUGUGCAGCAUCUGCAAGCGUGAUGGUCACCUGAAAGACGAGUGUCCCGAAGACUUCAAGAAGAUUGAGCUGAAGCCGCUGCCCCCGAUGAACGACCGGUUCAGAGACAUUCUCGACCGGCUGACGGAGCUGUGCUACAAUGAACUAUCACCAUCCCAUGUGGAGCAGCAGAAGAGAGAGCAGAUCCUCGCCAGUCUAGAACGGUUCAUCAGAAAAGAGUACAACGAUAAAGCAAAGUUGUGUCUCUUUGGCUCCUCCAAGAAUGGUUUCGGCUUCCACGAUAGCGACCUGGACAUCUGCAUGACUCUGGAGGGACACGAGACUGCCGAGAAUCUGAACUCUAAGGAUAUCAUCGAAGGUCUCGCCAAGGUUCUGAAGAAGCACACCGGUCUGAGGAACAUCCUGCCCAUCACAACUGCCAAAGUGCCUAUAGUGAAGUUUGAACACAGACAGAGUGGACUGGAGGGUGACAUCAGCCUCUACAACACUCUGGCGCAACACAACACCAGAAUGCUGGCAACGUACGCAGCGCUGGACACUCGGGUCCAGUACCUUGGCUUCACGAUGAAGUUCUUUGCAAAGCGCUGCGACAUUGGCGAUGCGUCCAGAGGAAGUCUUUCUUCGUACGCCUACAUCCUCAUGGUGCUUUACUUCCUGCAGCAGAGACAGCCGCCUGUCAUCCCCGUCCUGCAGGAGAUCUUUGAUGGCGACACUGCGCCCCAGAGGAUGGUGGAUGGAUGGAACGCUUACUUUUUUGAUGACCUGGACAACUUGCGCCAGCGUCUGUCACAGCAGCAGCCCAACACAGAGUCAGUGGGGGAACUUUGGCUGGGCCUGCUGCGCUUCUACACCGAGGAGUUCGACUUCAAGGAACACGUCAUCAGCAUCCGCCAGAGGAAGCGACUCACCACCUUCGAGAAGCAGUGGACCAGCAAAUGCAUCGCCAUCGAGGAUCCCUUCGAUUUGAAUCACAAUCUCGGCGCCGGAGUUUCACGCAAAAUGACCAACUUCAUCAUGAAGGCGUUCAUCAACGGGAGGAAGUUGUUUGGAACGCCGUUCUUCCCCAUCUGUGGAAAUGAAGCGGCCUACUUCUUUGACUCCAGAGUGUUGACUGACGGGGAGUUGGCCCCUAACGACCGUUGCUGCCGGAUCUGUGGGAAGAUCGGGCACUACAUGAAGGACUGCCCAAAGAGACGCAGGAUAAAGAAGAAGGAGAACGACAAGGAAGAGGACGUGAAGGAGGACGAGCGGGAGCAGAAGGACAGGCGGUGCUUCCAGUGCGGUGACAUGGGACACGUGAGGCGGGACUGUCCCGAGUACCGGCACCUGAAACAGCGACCCUCAGGGCCCCCAGCUCCUCACAUGGUACGAACCAUCACCAACUCCCAGUCCAUCCCUGUUCCCCAGACGGCUUCAGGCGGACCUGGCCGGACCAGGCUCUCCUCGGAAUGUUCGGACACACGCCAGACUCCGCCGUACUCCCCGCAGCCGACCCCUCAGACGUCCUCCAGCUCUCCGCAGUCCUCCCACAGCAAGACCUCCGCCUCCCAGAAGCAACCCAUGCAUCACCAGGUCCCACUCUCGCUCUUUGGUUUCCCGAACCAGCACCCGGCCCAGUACCACGCGGGGACCCUCACCACGCUGGGCCUCCUGCCCUCUCACCAGCCCCAGCCUCAUCACCCUCUGCAGCUCCCGGCCACUUCCUGGCCCAUCCACGGCCCGGUGCUGACCUCGUCCUCGCCCACCGGACCCUCCCCGCCCGGCUUCAGAUUUGCGGUUCGCCCGCCGGCGGGUAACGGCACCCCGGCCAGCUCGGCCGCCAAUCCCAUGAACCUCAACGACCCCAGCAUCAUCUUUGCUCAGCCGGCGGGGAGGCAGCUGGGCGUGAGUGGCUCGGGCCGGGACUCACACUGGCACAAUCACCUGGCACAGUCUGGGUCACUCAUGGGGAACGGUUCCGUGGUCAAGUCAGGUAUUCACUGGGUGAUGUUGGGUGGCACUGUCUCUCUCCCCCCACACCAAAGCUCUUCCUCUCUACCUGAUGUGCUCGCACCCCUCUCAACCCACUCAUCUCUCCGCAGAUUCCACUCACCCGCCGCAGUUUGUUGGUGUGACUCAAGGCUCUCGGACCUGGGAGCACAGCAAAACGUCCCAGUACUCUCUGCCCCCCUCGUCCUGGUCCUUCCGGAUGCCCCACAACUUCAUCCAGCAGGGGAACAGUGGCUUCCAACCUGGAUCCAUGGUGCACCCCGGACCAGGCUUCCCGCUGGUGCCACACGUCCGGCACCCAGUCAACCUGAAUUUUAUCCAGCAGAAGAAGUGAAAAGUUUCACGAUCGGCGCGAUGUACUGCAUCUUUUCACCACCGGGGUUUUUAAAAAUGAAUUUUAUCAUUUUGUACAGUUUUUAUGGUUUUAUUUUUGCUCCCUCCUUCGGCCCCAUUACUUUGAUUUGUGAUACAAAUAACUAUUUUAAUACCCCUGUUUUUUAGGGGGGUUGAAACGUGUUUUAUGUGUAAAGAAAAGCAGAAUGACAAAAAAAAAGGCAAACCUUUAUUUUUUUUAAGCCACAUUCAUACUUUGCUUGCCACAGAUGAAGGUUUUUUCAAGCAGACUUUUGUUUCUAAAACAGUCUACCAUGUCACCUGGAAAUUGUAGUGCCAAACGCCGGGUUUAAAAAAAGGAAAACAUUAAAAAGAAAAACAACAGUGUUUCUUUUUCUUCAGUGUUUGGCUGCGGCUGGAGGUGAGACACAGCACUAUCAAACACCUGUGAGUCUGAAUGUCCUCUGACUCGUGGUGACUUCUUGUUGAGCCCUACAGCUGCUGCACAAAUCGAGUCUGUAGCGACCCACUGGCCAGGACACGUGGCCAGCCAGCCAUAGUCUUGGGGUCUGACUGAACUCAGUCAGGCCAUGAGCAUGAGAAUCAAGCAGCAGCAUCAUCAUCAUCAUCAUCAUCAUCAUCAUCAUCGGUGGCUGGUGAGCACAUCUCUGAUUGGUCUUGGUCGCACCGCUGCCUCAGAUCACACCUGUGUCCAGGUGCAGGGAGCUCCAGCACCUCACUGAUGCCAACCCUGCUCCGAAUCUGAGUUAGGUCUAAGGUGAGAGGACAGUCUUGUUCCAGCUGAAAGACCUGCCUCAUCAUUCUUAGACAAGUCUUGAGAAGCAUGAAAGCUGAAGGAGGCACUUUAGGUCACAUGUCACCGUCCAUUUCCUCUUUGCUCCCGAGUUCACACAGUGAUGGCGGAGCUGAUCCCAAGUGGAGAAUCAACUUCACAUCCAUCAGAUCAAUGAGGUUAUGGUCCCUUCAGGAAGAGCUGGUGAGACACAAAGGUUCCCACACUGUUGUCUACUUCAGGUUCACAAACGUGCACUUGGACCUGAGCCAAACAUUGACUCCAGCAUGGAGAGGCUGAGUGAAGGAGGUCUGGACUCUGUGGAGGAGGGUCAUGGUGUCAGUGACGCUGUAGAAGGAGAGGAGCCCUGCAGAGUGAUCCAGGUACACUCCCACUCUGGAGGAGGGAAGAGUUGGGAUUUCAGUUGGGAUGCUCUUGUUUCUAAGUGGCCCACAGUAGUUAAAAUGAUGAUGAAAGUUAUGCAAGUCAAAGGUCUGAGAAAUAGCUGCACAUGGUAUAAUGAGAGGUUUAAAGUUUAUUACAAAGUUACAUGCGUUAAUCUUUGAACAAACCAGAUCCAUUUCAGUUGUCACCAUCUGUGAACUGUCCCCUGCACUGGCGGGAGAUUUGGGGCUGGACCAGCUCAAACCUCCACCCGCACGCGGUUCCUUUUGUUUCUCUGACUUUGUCGUUAUGUUUUUAAUCUUCGGAAGCUACAUGUAUAUUCACCAAUGUUGUUGCAAUCACAUAAUGUCAACCCCUUUCAUUCCUCUGGUUCGUAACGGUGUUUUCUUUGACCUCAUUUCCGGGUGAGGGGAAAUGAGGUCAAAGAAAACCUUCUUCUCCCAGAAUGCUCGGGCGGCCUGGUGCUCUUUGUUCGUGGAUCCUCCGGCGGAUGGAAUGUCCUCCACAGGUGGAAAGGUUCCUUCAAGCGGCGGCUGAUAACUGAGCGAAUGUCUCUGCUGAUCCCACACUGCCUUCUUUGUUCCUCUCCUGAACCUCAGCUCUCCUCCACCGAGCCUGCUUUCUCUCAUAUAUAGUCACAUAUAUCGAGCGUGACUCACAAUGACAGUGCAGCCGCAGGUGACUCCGCAUCCUCAGAACGUUAGGUUGUACGAGUCUAGUCGAGUGACAGGUGCAGUGGUCAGUAGAGGGAGCCGCCUCACAGCUCACCUCAGCAUGUUGAAUGUCAUAUCAAUAAUAAGAUCUUCCAUUCUUCAGUGUGUCCCCCCAGUAGCUCCUCUCCAGGGCAAUGAACCCUCCAUAUUCGGGCGCACUCGACCUGCGCUCUGAGCUGAGUAGGAUUGACAUCACUUCAUCUGCCUCGGUACUGCGUUUCACGACACAGCCAAGGGGUCAAGUGAGGCCGACUGGCGGGUCGAGUCGCUGGAGUGAAGUGAAAAUAAACUAUUCAUCACUAUAGUCGUCAAUGUUGAAAGAGGAUACAAGACACGGAAUUUUCUAAACACUGUGAAAUAAUCCGUUUCAUGUUCGCGCACUAUUAACAAUUCUUUUUUAUAUUUACUCAUGAAUCCUGUGCAGAGCACUUCUGUGUCUGACUGCUAUUUGAAUGUGUGUAUUGCCUGACUUUCUGUAUGCUAUAUCUAACAUAAAUUCUGAAUAAUAUGAAGCGGUGUCAAUGAAUAAGCAACUUUUAGCUGUCGUUUGUGUUAAAUUUAAUGUAUUGAGAUCUGUUGAAUGUUAAACUUUCUCAGCGCCUCCUAGGUUGUUGUUCCACCAGCCGCCACUACUCAGGUGUGUGUGUGUGUGUCCCUGCAGGUGUCCAGCAGCGGCUGGUGAUGAAAGAAGAAGAAGCUGCUACUGAGCAGCAGGAGUGCAGCUCCAGUCUGGAUCAGGAGGGACAAGAACCUCCUCUCAUUAAAGAAGAACCAGAAGAAGAUCUAGACCAAAUCAAAGAAGAGGCCACCCAGUUCUCCCUCACUCCUGUCCAGGUGAAGAGUGAAGAUGAUGGAGCAACCAGCAGCUGGACUCAACACAUGAAGACAGAAGCUGAUGGAGACACCUGUGGAGGAGCAGAAGCAGCCAGUGACUUGGAUACACCUCUCCUCCCUGACCACCAGAGGUCGCCUUGUUCUGACUCUGACACUGAUGACAGUGAGGACUGGAGAGACACCAGAGACACUCAAUCAGUUUUGAGGUCGGUGAAGAUUCCAGAGGUUCACGUCAGUGGGAAGAAAGAUGAUCCUGAAUCACUGAUCUGAUCUGAUCUGGAUGUGGACAGAAAUGUUCAUCAAAGACUGGACUGAGUCAACACGUGAAAUCCUGCUGAGGACUUUUGUUCUGUCCUAUUUGGAGAAAAUGUUUGGAAGGAUACAUGACCUGAGCACUCGCAUGAGACUGCACACUGGAGAAACACCUUUCAGCUGCUCUCAGUGCAGUCAGUGUUUUAAGCACUGACUGCACAGUGCUUAAAACACGGCCAGAAUUCUGCUCAUGUAUUGGACUCCUCUGUCAAGGAACACAUGUCUUGGAUAUAACUUGUUGGUUUCUUGGUAGAGUCAUUCACACGAGUGAUCGGACGCGUGGGAGGUGUAUUUCCAACAGGGGAAAAGCACCUACCUUCCCCCAAGUGAAGGAAUGUGCAAGAUACAGAACCUCUGGGACAGCGAUGGGUGAGGAGGAUGAGGAGGAGGAAUUCUGGAGCCAGGCAGAGACGGGACGAGCCAAUCAGAGGAGUGGAGCCCAGUCAUCAGUUCACAGAUUCAAAAUGGGCAACAACAAGAGGAUUCAUCAACGUCGCUCCAAACCCAGGGGGGUUGGCAAAAGACCUGGGAUUUGGCUCCAUGGCAACCUGGACCUCAAGAGACCAGGACCAAACAGUGGAGACCCCAAGAUGAACUGAAAUGAGAGUUAGAAGGGUCAGGGCCAGAGGUGUGUCCCAUUUCUCCCCCUCACACUGGGCUCUGCACGUCACGUGUCAGUGUGGCGUGUCCCACUCCUCCUCACUGGCCCUUCACCACUUGAAAUGGUCCCUUCAAACCCAGGGAGCUCCGGAGCUGACUUGAAACCUGGGAAGAUGAAGUGUGGAGAGAUGUCCAGGACACUGUUGGAAAAUACACCUUCAGUGCAUCUUCCACACGUCCGUUUAAUCGUAAGAACAACUAUCAAGAAACCAAGUUAAAAAUACUUUCCCCCACAAACUCAGGAUCAGAUCAGGCGGAUUGGACCGGUCCAGCGGUUAAACGGCUCAACGAUUGCUCCUUGGUCCUCACAGCAGGUGGUGUGGGAAUAUACACCUUCAAUGCUCAGGUAUCUUCCGCCUUGGCUCAAGUGGUGACGAAGUGUAGAUGACCCAAUCCAUCCUUUUGGUGGCCUGAUUCUGUCAACGCGUCCGUUCUCCACCUGGUCAUUUGGUUCACGACCUCCGUAGAUGAUCUCCAGAAGGUUGGUUGCCAUUUAAAACACACUCCACAUGUUCUUUCAUGGAUACGGGGCCAAUGUGAGGAUACCUUCCCCUUACUCACCGCAUCUGUUGAAUUCAAUCUGUUUGUUAUUUAACAAAACAUUGCAAAGUAAUUCCAUUCAAGAACACAACUUGAUGCCUAUAUUUAUGUAAUAAUAGGUCAUUAUUCUAAAGGGAAUAGAUUGAUUAUAUUGUGUGAUACUAAUGAAGUACAGGGGACAUAUGGCGCAUGUGUCUCUGCAACGUGAGUAUGUCUUAAUCAAACGCUUGCAGCGUGUGCAGAAUUAUUUACAGAUUUACAGAAGUUGACUAAUCUAUGGAGAAACAGACGUCUGCACCCAGGAUGACCCGCUGACUCGACCAAAAAGGACAACAGCAACCGCCACCUCGAAACCGCCAACACCCAAGUGGAAAGUUACUGAAGACAACACCCCGAAUAGUAUAAGAAGGAGGAGUGGUCAUCUGGAUGUGUGCUUCUACUGGUGUCUGACCUGUAAGUCACGACUCUUGUUGUGCUGCAGACUCUACCCAGAGAAGAGCCCGGAUCGAUCUGUAUUUUGCCUUGGCUGAUUGUUUGCUACGCUGAGAAUA